AUGGCUUCCGUUAGACUCGCUGCCGGCCUUGCUCUUCUCGAAGGUCUUGGCUCCUUUGCUGGAGUCCAAGCCCAGACCGCUUCGCCGGCUGAGAGACCCUUGCCGGAGAAGGCUCAAAUCAUUGAUCAGAAGAGCUUCCUCGUAUUGGCAGAGGUCCCUCCUCCAUCGAUAGCUAACGCUACUACAGAAUUUCUCUGGCCUGGCGUUACUCAUGAGUCUCUCACGGAAAAGCCUUUCCAUGUGUAUGAUCCGGACUUUUACGACAUCAUUGGCAGUGAUCCGUCGUUGACCUUGCUCGCUUCGUCGGACACCGACCCGCUCUUCCACGAGGCCGUUACAUGGUAUCCGCCUACGGAUGAGGUCUUCUUCGUCCAAAACGCCGGAAACCCCGCUGCUGGAACUGGUUUGAACAAGUCGUCCAUCAUCCAGAAGAUCUCCCUUGCGGAUGCAGAGUCGCUGCGCAACGGAUCUCUCGGUGCCGAGGCCGUCACUGUUCACACCGUGCCGUCAAACCCUCAGGUCAUCAACCCCAACGGCGGGACUAACUACAAGGGUAACAUCAUUUUUGCAGGCGAGGGCCAGGGAGACAAUAUCCCAUCCGCGCUGUACCUGAUGAACCCCGUUGAACCCUACAACACAACGCUUCUUGCCAACAACUACUUCGGCAGGCAGUUCAACUCCUUGAACGAUGUCUCAGUGAACCCACGCAACGGCGACAUUUACUUCACAGACACCCAAUAUGGAUACUGGCAGUACUUCCGCCCUGAGCCGGGUCUGCCUAACCAGGUGUACCGUCUGAACCCAUCAACCGGUGCGCUAACCGUUGUGUCCGACGCUUUUGUCUCGCCGAAUGGACUCACUCACUCACCCGAUGGCAGCUACGCCUAUGUCACGGACACGGGAAUGAGCCAAGGGCUUUUUGGCGUCAAUAUGACCAAGCCAGCCACAAUCUACCGUUUUGAUGUUCAACCUGAUGGUACUUGGGAGAACCGCAAGACCUUUGCGCACGUCCAUGCUCGUCUGCCUGACGGCAUCCACUGCGACUCGAAGGGCAACGUCUACGCUGGCACCAAUGACGGCGUGCACGUCUGGAAUAACUCUGGGAAGCUCCUCGGCAAGAUCUACACCGGUAUCGUUGCCGCUAACUUCCAGUUCGCGGGCGAGGGACGUAUGAUCAUCAUGGGCAAGACCAAACUUUUCUAUGCUACACUGGCCGCAUCGGGUGUGGCCUUGCAAUAG